UAUACGCGUGCGUGUGUUAGUCUGCGUACGCGUUUGGUUAAACGAUCGAUCAGCUUUCUCUAGCCAGACAAAAUUCGCAGUGAUAAUUCGACAAAUACCAUACUUGUGUAUCUUGAGGUAACAAAUUGUCACUCACUACUCUAACACCAUAGUUUUGUCGUUGUGUCUAAGUCUCUCGGGGGAGCUUUUUUCCUUUCUGUCAGUGUCGUGUGAAUAUGUGUAUUUAUACGUUACGAUGAACGUCAUUCAACAAUAAUUACUUUGUCGUCGAUGAAUACUUUAUACUGUCGUGCUGAAAGGUGUGGAGUGAGCCGCCGCCGGCAUGGAAGUGAGAUUCGCCUUCUUGAUAAUGGCGAUAGUGGGCAGUCUCAUGGCCGCGAGCCUUAGCUCGAGGUUUGGCCUCAUUGCCAGGAUAGUACAACUCGGCUUGGCUAUCGCGGUUUUACCCAUCGUAUCGAGCUAUCAGCGCAAAAUCUAUGUUAUCUUGAGGACACUGCCCAGAGACAUCAAAUUUCUUUAUCGCUACGUGAAUGCUGAGAAAGAGAGAAAGCAAUUUCUACGUAAUAAUUCCACGGUGAUGAAGCUCUUCAGGGAGCAAGCGCGGCUGUAUCCGGACAAGCCCUGUUUCAUCUUUGAGGGACAAAUUUGGACUAAUGCUGAUAUCGACAAGUACAGCAAUAGGAUAGCAAAUAUAUUCCAAAAAGCUGGUUAUGUAAAGAGCGAUGCUGUCGCACUUUUCAUGCCCAAUAAACCUGAAUACAUCGCCACGUGGCUGGGACUCGGUAAAAUUGGCGUUGUCACGGCUCUCAUUAAUACCAAUCUGCGAAUGCAGUCACUGGUGCAUUGCUUGUCCAUCGCUAAAGUCAAAGCGAUCAUUUAUGCUGAUGAGUUGGCAUUCGCGGUAGAUGAAAUUCGCGACUCAUUGUCAGAAGUGACGAGGUACCGGCAGGGCACCGAUAUUCCCUGUACGGAUGGUGCUCUCAAUCUCAAUGGAAUCAUGGCCAAAGCUAGUGAUGAACAGCCAAUUGUCGACGAAGAACCUGGCUACAAGGAUAAUCUCCUGUACAUUUACACGAGCGGCACUACUGGUCUACCCAAGGCAGCUUUAUUUCCAAAUUCUAGGUACUUGCUUGUACAAACGGCAACGUAUCAUAUGCUUGGAUUAAGACAGAACAAAGAUAUAAUAUAUAAUCCGAUUCCACUUUACCACAUGUCUGGAGGAAUCGUGGGAACUGGCUGUGCAUUAAUCAAAGGAAUACCUAGCGUUCUAAGAACCAAGUUCUCCGUGACUGCAUAUUGGACAGACUGUAUCAAGUACAACUGCACGAUAUCUCAGUACAUCGGCGAGAUGUGCAGAUAUUUGUUGUCUGCGCCACCGCGACCUGAAGAUUCAACUCAUCCGGUAAGAUUAAUGGUUGGUAACGGCAUGAGAUCGCAAAUCUGGAAGAACUUUGUCGAGAGAUUCAAGAUCAAGCAAGUGAAUGAGGUAUACGGUUCGAGCGAGGGUAACGCCAACAUCAUAAACGUUGACAAUACCGUUGGUGCAGUUGGCUUCGUGCCAUCGAUUCUACCCAAAUCACUGCAUCCAGUUGCAGUAAUACGCGUUAACCAAGAAACUCACGAUCCCAUUAGAGGCUCCGAUGGCUUUUGCAUACGCUGCGAGCCAAAUGAGCCUGGAAUGUUUAUUGGCUUGAUAGCUCAGGGUAACGCCUCCAGAGAGUUCAACGGCUAUUUAGAUAAGGAAGCAUCGAGGCAAAAAACGAUAGAAAAUGUGUUUAGUAAAGGCGAUAAAGCAUUUAUAACAGGAGAUAUCCUCGUACAAGACGAAUUUGGUUACUUUUACUUUAAAGACAGAACAGGCGAUACCUUUAGAUGGAAGGGUGAGAAUGUGGCAACUGCCGAAGUAGAGGGUGUGGUUAGCAACGUAGCUGGCUACCGUGACACCACAGUCUACGGUGUACAGGUACCGGGAAUGGAAGGACGAGCCGGAAUGGCUGCGAUCGUCGAUCCCGAUAGCCUGCUGGACUUCAAGGCACUUGCCGAAGGUCUUGACAAAGCUUUACCGUCCUAUGCCCGACCGAUAUUCCUCCGAAUCGUCAAAGAGCUGGAACUCACUGGCACGUUCAAACUGAAGAAAAUCAAUUUGCAAAAGGAGGGUUUUGAUCCAAAUAAAAUUCAAGAUAAAGUGUACUUCAGAUCCGGAAACAAGGAAUACGUGGAGGUCACUCCAAAACUCUACGAGGAAAUAAUCUCCGGUUCGGCAAAGCUGUAGUGUGGCUAACAUUUUUACAAAGAAACAAAGAGCGUGACACGUUUUCAAUACACACGACAUACCCAUCUUCAAUCUUUGUUCACACGUAGAUUAAAGAAAACAUCUACCAUGGAAUUUUCUUCGCUGUGCGUUGGUCGGUCACCAGUACGAAUAUAUUAUGUAUAAAUAGGUUGCGUAACGCGAUAUGUAUACAUAUACUUUACCUAAUGUCGCGGGCGCCAAAAAAUGGUCGACUGAUCGAUCAUCAUUUUCAUCUCUAUCGUCGUCACCAUACUACGAGAAAUUUGAUAAGUAAAACUGAAAAAAUCACAGAAAAUGCAAAAAAAAAAUGAGAAUAUAGCGCCUUUGUUACACACUUGUAUGCCUAUAUUGUGCGUCGUUAAAAUACAAGUAUUUAUGACGCACGCGCAUUCACCUUUGCGUGUGAUAUUUUACUUAAAAAAACGAAGUUGAAGAAGAGAAAAAUGAACUAGGAGGAAUAAUACAAUGAUUAUAUUCGAUGAUGAGCCUUAGUCGAGUGUGGAAUGAAAAAAAAUAAGCAAGGGAAUUAUCAAUACUGCUAGUCGUUUCAACUAAUUAUUUCUUUUGAUUUUGAAUAUUGUACUCAUCGAGCUAUCAAAUUUUUAUUAAAAAUACUUAAAAAUAAAAUUAUUCAUCGACACUAAACGUAUGAAUGAUAACUCGAAGGUUUCUCGAAAAAUACGGACAAAAAACAAAUUGAAAAAAUUAAUAGUACUAAUAAUGUACGAAGAGAAUGUCGAUGUGAAGAGAUACUCUUACUAUUCUAUAACCGUUAAAUGCGCGUGCCUAUUUCGUUUGAGAUAUAAUAUGCCAUUCGAUUUGCGCGCAAAGUGCACUUCUAUUAAUUAUAAAUGCACAACGGUGUCGCAAAUUUUUGACUGAAAGGAAAAAUGAAAAUUGAUUGUUUUUGAAAUUUUUAAUUAAAAUCGAUGAAGCAACAACGCAUUUUUUUCUAUGGGCAAAUUACGUAACGGCAAUUGAUUUGUUGGUAGUAUGGUUUUAUUUACUUCUAUGUUGUGUUUCAAGUGUUUAUCGUUGUAUUAGUGAAUAUAAAAGCGGUGGUAUACUGCUUCAUUUAGGUAUUAUCUUUUUUUAUUAUGUUAAAACAAUUAAAUGCUAUUAGAAUACUUGUUUGUUUUGUAUAAUUUUAAAUUGACAUCAUUGUGUUGUCACUCAAAUUUCAUGACGUUGUACAUGAAAAACAUUGAAGCUUUAAAGUUUUUCAUAGAAAGUAUUACUUUUAUAAAUACUUUCUGAAAAUACGUCCAUGUAGGCAAUUACGUCGCUUCAUACUAUAUAUUCUGACAAACAAAUAUUCACCUAUGUUCUUUCUAAUAUUGCUAUCAAGGAAAUUCUUGAAUUGAAAAAGUUUGUUCUUAAAAUAAGUAUGCAGCGAAUUCAAGAACAUAACUUUUUUCAACUAAGGUGUAGAAAUGUUAUGAAAAUGAAUUUUAUUACUAAUGUCAAAAAGAGAUGUAUACAAUAAGACUGGUUCUAAUAUUUAUAAAUAAUCCCGCAAAAACGAAAAAGAAUAAAGUUUUUAAAUUUACUGCAUACUUAAAAUAAGGAUUUUUUUAUAGUAAUGAUAGUGCUUUCGGAGCUAGUAGAUCGAAUUACUUAAUGGAAUUUAUUUUUUUUACUAUGCUAGAUAUGCCUUUCACAAAUUUACCAAUCAUUCCACGUCAAUAACAUCUUAAAACAUACAAUCAUUCUGCAAAAUAAUAUUGAAUGUUUAGUUAAAAUUUUAAUUAAAAAUUGUAACAAUAGUUUGGAAAAUGCAUCAAUACAAAUUGGUAGUUUUUAACUGACACAAAAGGAUGUUAAUAACAACACUAAUCUCGAACCGCAUCCUUGUAUCGAUACUAU